AUGAAAAUGCAAUUAGCUAUAGCACUUUAUAAUAAUGAUGUUGAUAAUGAAGAUGAACUUGAAUUUCGUAGAGGUGAUAUAUUAACUGUACUAAUUGAAAAUCCAAAUGGUUUUGAUGGUUGGUGGUUAUGUAAACAUAAAGAUAAAUAUGGUCUAUGUCCUGGAAAUCGAUUAAAACUUAUACAAAAUACAAAUACAUCUUCAAUGAAAUUGAAUGAUUAUGUACAUUCAAAUUCUCGUCUAUCGACAGCAUCUAUGUACGAUGAUCUAUCAAGUAAUUAUGAUAACCCGAUAGUAUCAUCAUCAUCAUCAUCAUUACGAAAUUAUGAUAAUGAUAAUCCACAAGAUUCAAAAUUUAUUUCCAAUUCAUCACCUGAAUCUUCUUUAUGUUCAUCCGGUAUUUAUUCUACUAAUGAUCUUCAUUUAUCUUCAUCAUCAUCAUCCGACUUUUAUACAAUUCCUAUUACCAAUAAUCCUUUAUCGUUAAGUGACCUUGAUCAAUUACAAAAUUCUUUUCAAAAAUUAUCUGUACGUUCAUCAUUAAUUGAUAAAUAUUGUCAACUUAUAUUAAAAACAAAUAUUGAAUCAAUAAUUCAUUCAUUUAUAGAUGAAUGUUAUUUAUUUCUUCAUAAUUAUGGUUGUUUAUUAGAUCGAUAUACAUAUAGAUUAAUAAAGGAAAAUUAUCUUUAUGAAUUAGAACAAAAGAAAAAACAAAUAAUCGAGUUAUCAACAAAAAUAAUUCAAUUAAUAAAAUCCAUUAUUGAUUUACGAUUAAAAGAAAAAUUUCAUCCGAAUUCAUUGAUAUCAAAUGAUAUAUUAAAAAAACUUCAUCUUGAACCAAUAACAGAAAUUUCUAAUGAAAAAAUCAAUACAUCAUUAUCAGCAAUACAAAUUUAUGGAAAUUUUCUUAAUAAUAAUAAUCAUUAUCAAACAGAUAUGAAAAAUUCGAAAACAUGUUUUUCAGAUUUUUUAUCAUUAUCUUCAUAUAAUAAAACAAAUGAUUAUGAAUAUAUGAAUAAUAUUUGUUCAAUAAAUCCAUUGAUUAAAUGUUAUUAUCGACAUAUAAAUGAACAAAUUAAUUUAAUAAUUAAACGUUUUUCAUAUUUAUUAGAAACUGAUAAUAAAAUUUCAUUGUUAAUCACUGAAGGUAAAGCACUUACUGUUGCAGGACAUAAACUUAUAUUUGUACUUGAAACACUUCAUGAACAUGUACAACAAAUACAUACAUCGUUAAUUCAUCUUACAACACAAUUAUAUGAAACUUUAAAAAAUUUAAUUCAAUUACUUAAAGAAUUUACUCAAACAAAUUGUACAAAUAUUCAAAAAUUAAUCAUUCAAUUUAAACAGAACAUCAAUAUGAUUAUGCAUAUUGUACAAAGAAUAAAACAACAUUGUAGCUUAGUUUAA